AUGGCCGAAUCAGCAGAGGAGCGAUUUCAACGAAUCAUUGUGGCAGAUCAAGCAGGCCGAAUCGAUUUCGACAACCCAUUUCCAACCGACUUCACCGGAAAGCGCGUUCUGAUCACGGGCGGCGCAUCGGGCAUUGGCGCUGCCACGGCUCGCAUGUUCGCCUCCAAAGGCGCUCACGUCGUUAUUGCCGACCUGGACAGGCAAGCUGGCGAAACCCUGGCAGCUGAAUUACAACAGCAUUUCGUACAGGUAGAUGUUGCAUCUUGGGACUCUCAAGUAGCUAUGUUUGCUGCUGCGCUGAGAGUGCUGCCUGCACAGGAGAUAGAUAUCCUCAUUACCAGUGCUGGCGUUGGGGGGUCGGACAGCUGGAAUAUGGUCCCUUGUAGCCCGAUGGAGCUUUUACAAAGAGCAGAGCACAUUCAGGCACCCUCCACUUCAUGCAUCGACAUUGGUCUUACAGGUUGCAUGAAUUCCAUCUAUCUGGGUACCAAAUACGCUAUGGGCCUAACUUCCGACCAACACGGCGACAAGUCCGUUAUCCUGCUAGGGUCUUUCGCCGGGUAUAAUGGACUUGCCAACAGACCCGACUACACCGCAACCAAGUGGGCUGUCCGUGGCAUUUUUCGGUGUCUCCGACAGACCCUAUUGCCCUUAGGCGCGCGCGCAAAUCUCCUAGCCCCGACCUUUGUGGCAACACCCAUGACGGCGCACUUAGUCGAAAAGUUGACUAGCCAAGGUGUCCAGAUGGGUGAUAUGGAAAUGGUAUUGGAGGCCAUUUCUCGUAUGGCUAGUGACCCGCAGAUGAACGAGCAGUUGCUGUUACCAGCGAAGGCAUUCUAG